UGCUACUUCCUGCUCUUCAGUCCGCAGUUUCCACCAUGGAGCUGUGGGUGCAGCUGCAGCAAGCUGGACUGGAGGCCCUUGGAUUGGGUCCACCGCCCCGGGCCCUAAGGAUGCCCCCGCCAGAGGGGAACCCUGGCCAGACCCUUAUGUCCUCAGGGACAGAACUUGGGGGUGCCAGGGAGCCACUGCUGUGGAUCUGGGAGGAGUUGGGGAAUCUGCGCCGAGUGGAUGUCCAGUUGUUGGGGCAGCUGUGUCACCUGGGACUGGAGAUGGGGGCCCUGCGGGAGGAGCUGGCCACCAUCCUGGAAGAGGAGGAGGAGGAGGAGGAGGAGGAGGAGGAGGAGGAGGAGGAAGAGGAGGAGGAGGAGGAGGAGGAGGAGGAGGAGGAGAGCUGUGUUGUUGAAGACGACGGAGGGCCUCGGGGGAAGCAGGACGAGGGGCGUCCAGGGACCUCCCCUCCAGCCCCCAGCCUCCCUGACUUUGAGAUGACCAUCUGAGGUGACACGCCCAAAUGAGAUGUAAAUGUAUGCAAAGGCAGGGCGAGAUUUGGGUCCAAUCAGAUUGAGAGACAACGGUGCUCCUGUGGCAGACCGCUCUCCCCAGAGGACUGCGCAGAGAUCCUGGCAGGUUUGACUGUAGGCUCAGAAGGGGCACAGGCACCUUGGGUCUGUCUGCAGAAGUGUUUGCAGCGUCGCCUGGAGACCUGGUGCUUGGCAAAGGUGAUGGAGAUGCUGGCGGACGCAAUGGAAGACCAAUUCAGCCUAGUAGCUGUCGUGGCUAUUAUGCAAAUUGAGACAUGGAGAGGUCACACUGAGACUUGAAUACGGCAAAGGUCAACGACCUCUCAAUAACUAAAAAAAAUGAUCACAUGUUGAAACGAUGUUUUGAAUACAUCGGAUAAAAAUAUUUAUUUCAUAUGCUUUUAUGGUUAUAUAUGACAUUAAACUAUCAUAGUCAUU